UAUAAGAAGGAGAGAGAGAGAGAGAGAGAGAGAGAGAGGAGCUGCUGCAUUUUAGUUAUGGGUGAUGCAGAGCACGGGAAGUGCCGUAAAGCAGGGCGAUGGUCGCUUGAAGGAAUGACGGCUCUCGUCACCGGUGGCACAAGAGGAAUCGGUAACGCGGUCGUGGAGGAGCUGGCUGAGCUGGGAGCGGUUGUCUACACGUGCUCUCGGAAAGAAUCGGAGCUUAAUGAUUGUUUGAAGAAAUGGGAGGGGUUAGGGUUACGCGUUUCUGGCUCUAUUUGCGACCUCUCCGUUCGGGAGCAGCGGGUGGAUUUGAUACAGAAGGUAUCCUCGGUGUUUGAUGGAAAGCUCAAUAUCCUUAUAAACAAUGUUGGAACAAAUAUAAGGAAACCUACAGUUGAUUAUUCUGAAGAGGACUACUCUUUCAUUAUGAAGACCAACUUUGAUGCAGCAUUCCAUAUUUGCCAACUUGCACAUCCUCUUCUCAAAGCCUCGGGAAACGGGAGCAUUGUAUUCAUCUCCUCGGUUGCUGGUGUGGUAGCCAUAUCUAGCGGUGUAAUUUAUGCUGCCACAAAAGCUGCAAUGAAUCAGAUCACAAAAAAUCUUGCAUGUGAGUGGGCAAAAGACAACAUUCGUAUCAAUUCUGUUUCACCAUGGUAUAUCAAGACUUCACUCGUAAACCAUUUGUUGGAGAAAGAGAACUUUCUUAAUAGCGUGGUGUCUCGAACUCCUCUAAAUCGUGUUGGAGAAGCAGAGGAAGUAUCAUCGCUGGUAGCAUUUCUUUGUAUGCCUUGUGCUUCAUAUAUAACUGGGCAAAUCAUUUCGGUUGAUGGUGGCAUGACAGUAAAUGGAUUUUACCCAUACCCCAAAGAUUGAAGCAGGACUAUACGUCUAUUGAAAGACAUUUUAUUGCUUCAGUAAUGUUCAUGCCAAGCUUUUUUUAAACCCAGAUUUACUAUGACUUUACCAUAGUUGGCAACAGAUGGUAUAAUGGCCUGCCCUUAAUAAUGUUAGAAACAAAACAACCGUUCUCAAGCUUUUGGCAAUGGUGCUCUUAUUGAUAUA